AUGAUACCAGAGGCACAUACACCAACUGCUCCAAGGAAAGUGCCAAGUAAGUGCAGCAAUCAGAAUCGAAAAAUAGGACGCAAAAAGUUGCAUGAAAUCGAGCAGUUGGCCGCCAACAUCCAUGAGCACUGCGCCAAGGCUGAGACACAACUGCUUGUUGACUUGGGCUCGGGGCUGGGAUACCUGAGCGAAGCGUUGCUUCAACUUAACGAUAACUAUUUGAUACUCGGCCUGGAGGCGGAUGAGCAGCGCGUGAUAUCAGCUCAGCAACGCUGCGAAAAGUUGAUGCCACAAAAGGCACUUAACUCAAUUAGCUACAGGCAGGAAUUCGUCUCAGCAGACGCCCAAUGUCGGGACCGCAUCGAGGCGCAUACCUCGGAGUUGGCCCAAAGCCACGGACUGUCGCCAGAAUUAACUACCAUAACUAUGGCGAUAAUUGGUUUGCAUGCGUGCGCGGAUUUAAGCGUCAGUGCCAUGAGAUUGUUCCUGACAAUGCCGCAAGUGCGGUCGCUCCUCAUCAUGCCCUGCUGCUACCAUAAGCUAGCACUCCGCGAAGGUAUCGACGACCUAGUGAGCUCCCCCUUUGUUAACUUUCCCCUCAGCAGUGCGUUAAACAAAGCCACAGCUAAUCUGGCCGUGUGCUGCUUCAAUCGUCCCUUCUUGCGCCUGGCUUGCCAGGAGACAAGCUCGCGUUGGCGUAAGGAUUCCGCUGCUCAUGCCGAGCAUGGACACCAGAUGUACUGGCGUGCGCUGGCCAAUGCGGUCAGCGACGAUCCUGAAGAGCUGGUAAAGGUGCAACCCAAAGCUCAGCAGACUACACAUGACUUCAAUGGCUUAUGUCUGCGAUACCAGCUACAUUCCCGCCUCACAGCACAACUCCUGAGUUGGCGUCCAAGCCACGAGACGCGCUUUCGGCAACUCAACGAACGUUACUCCGAGGGACGCGGCAGUCGUCUGGCCGAGGCGUUGUGCUGUCUGCAGACCAGCAUACAGAAACUCUGUGAGAACCUGCUGCUCUAUGACAGACUGUGCUACCUGCGAGAGGCGGCAGCGGAGCAACAGCUGCGUGUGGAGGUGCGUUACGAGCAGCUAUUUGACGAGCAAGUCUCGCCACGCUGCCAAGUUCUGAUUGCCAAGAAGUUGUGA